GACAAUAACGCUACUGCGAACCGACGCUCAGCUCCCGUUAUUCCUCACCAAAUACACACAGAGCCGCGGAUGAGAGACUAGAGACGGGCUUCCCGGAGUCUGCGCGGCUAAAAAUACAAAGGCACCCAUUUCACUUACUAGUUUUUAGGAAAUCCUUUUUUGCGUGGAGACAGACAGCGAGGGACAAACACACGUGUGUGCACCGGCGGGCAGCAGCGCUCCCGGUGAAGUUUAUAGACUGAGAGUCUCCUCUCUCCUGCGGAUUAAUCGGAUUCAAAAUCACUGCGAGUCUGUGGAAGGCGAAGCGUCGCGGUUUUGUUCCAAAGAAGUGCAGGUUUAAAUGCAGACUGUCUCCACAGGCAUGUGCUAUGCCACUGGAUAACCAAGAGGACAGCAGCCUCCCGAACAUCAUAUGUCUGACAGAUGUGUUUUUGCAGUGCAGUGUGGGAUGGCCCUCGUCGUGACCCUGCUUCAGUCCCUCAUCCUGGGUGUUCUGGGGGUCCACAGCAGUUACCCUCGCUUCUCCUCCAAUGACUCGGUCUUCCAGCACCUGGCAUUGCACCCUGACCCCAGCAUAGGAACGGUCUACGUGGGGGCCCGGGACCAUCUGUUCCAGCUCGCUGGCCUUGAUGGCCUCCGUCUUGAAGUGGAUGAGAGAACCGGCCCCGUGAGAGACAGCAAGGACUGUCUGCCUCCAGUUACCCUGGAGAACUGCCCUCAGGCUGGGCUCGUUAACAAUCACAACAAGCUUCUGUUAGUGGAUCCAUAUUCCCUUCUGCUCAUCACCUGUGGCAGUGUACACCAGGGCACCUGCCAGAAACGCAGCCUAGCCAAUGUGAACGAAGUCCUCUUCUCUGCCGAGAGACCUGUUGAUACACAAUAUGUGGCGGCUAACGACCCUACGGCGUCAACAGUUGGGCUCGUGGUGCGACCGCAAGACAAAGAUCCUGUCCUUUAUGUGGGACGAGGCUACACCAGCAGUCACCCGCCAGUCUCCACUCGCCAACUUUCGACAGAGCCGGUAUUCUCCUAUGAGGAAACCGCUAAGCUCGCUGUAGCCGGGCGCCUCUCAGAGUACGAUCACAAUUUUGUCGCAACCUUUGCGCGACACAAUCACGUCUACUUUUUGUUCUAUAGACGCGACCUGAAAGCUACAUCGAGGGAAUAUCGUACGUACGUGGCACGGGUGUGUUUGGACGAUCAAGCGUAUUACUCCUACGUUGAGGUACCGCUAAUGUGUCACUCGGGCUCAACAGGAAGGAACUACAAUUUCCUCCAGGGGGCGCAGGUGGGCGGUGAGGAAUCUGGAGGCUCGCAGGUUUUGAUGGGAGUCUUUUCUACGGCGGUUAGUGCUGCUAAUGGACCCGGUGAGGAAUCUGCAUUGUGUGUGUACUCUCUGGAUGAAGUGGACCGCGGUAUUGAUGCUACACGAGAUCUGUGCUACACGCAAUACGGAGUGAAAGAUGGCUACAAGGUGGCAUACAUUGAGUAUGACGUUAAAUCCAACUGUGCCAACCUGCCUACGAACACCCUGAAUGCUUAUCCCUGUGGCUCGGACCACACCCCGAGUCCAAUGGCGAGCCGGGAGCCGGUUGAAGCUAAAGCCGUAUUGGACAGCCCAGCCGCCCGUCUCACUGCUGUCGCUGUUAGUGUAAAGGAGGGACACACUAUUGUUUUCUUGGGUGACUCCAAAGGCAAUUUGCAUAAGGCUUUCUGUGUUUCCUCAGUCGGACCGCAGAGCAGACUUCACCACAAACCACGCUCUGAAAUUGUCUACAUCAUGACCAGCCAUUCUGUGGAGAAGAGGCCUGUGGCAGAGUGUGACAAGCACACUGAUUGCACUUCCUGUCUGGCAGUGAAGGACCCAUACUGCGGUUGGUGUGUUCUUGACGGCCGGUGUGGGAUGCGUUCAGACUGUCGGCUGGGCUCGGUCGAAGGUCACUGGCUGUGGAGUUUUGAUGAGCAGCAGCAGUGCUUGAGAGUGGAGUCACUGAGCCAAUAUAACGCCAGCCUUGGAGAACAGAAACAGAUUGCUGUGAAUGUCCCGGGUUUGCCCAGUCUGUCAGAGGGUGACAUGUACUCGUGUUUCUUUGAAGACACUGAAACAGCUGCUUCGGUCCAGGGCACCACAGUCACCUGUGCCACUCCUGAGGCCCACAGACUUCCACCGGUGCCACAGGGAGAGGAUUGUGUGUCCGUCACGCUGUCCCUGCACUUUCGGACGGUCACCAUAGCUCUCGCAGACUUCACCUUCUAUGACUGCUCUGUGGUGCAGCAGCUCUCUGGCACCAGGCCGUGUAGGGGCUGUGUGAACAGCCGCUGGAAAUGUAACUGGUGCAUCCACCAGCAUGUGUGCACUCACCGGUCCAUGUGUGACCGUGGUGCCAUCAUCUACAAUCAGCAUUUUUCGCUCCCCACGUCUGCUCCUCAAACAAUAAAAGACUUUGACGCGCACACGUACACCACCUCCACACCCACGACAACAACAACCCUCUCGACCACUGAGGUUGCCAUAACGACCGAAGCCUUUGUUAUGAAUACCCCUUCAAUGACCCCGCCCACUACUCCAGAGCCCACCACCACACCUCUGGAAACCACAACCCCACUCGACCCUCCAGCCACCACCCCCAACCACGCUACAACCUCCUCUACGCACCCAUCCAGCGCCACUACAGAGUCAACCGAUACCAUCACAGAAGCCACCACUCUCUCCAAAAAUGCCUCUUGGGAGGAGGAGAGCAUCCAGGUAGGUUUGCUGUCAACGCCGACCCCGCAAUCAUACGAAGAACUGGUGGGACCUUCGUCGCGUGAAGAGGCCGCUGAAGUGACGCUGCCCGCGUUGAGAGCUGGGGAAGUGGUGACGAUGGGGCCGUUGAUUGAAGCGCUGCCCUCAUCCUCCCCUGAAGUGGUUACCCUCUCGCAGGCGGAGAUGGAUAUAGAUGCUCUUAUAGACACGAGCGUCCCUGUGUCGUCAGCCAGCGCCCCCUCUGGCGACGGUGAGGCAGGGCCUGAUCCAUCCGAUUUCCCCCUCGCUCCAGACACAGACUACCAGUCUGAUCCGGCUGACCUUUUCCUCCUGAUGGAUAUAGAUGCUCUUAUAGACACGAGCGUCCCUGUGUCGUCAGCCAGCGCCCCCUCUGGCGACGGUGAGGCAGGGCCUGAUCCAUCCGAUUUCCCCCUCGCUCCAGACACAGACUACCAGUCUGAUCCGGCUGACCUUUUCCUCCUGGAAGAGGAGAGUUUACUCGUGAGCAGAGGUUCUCACGCCUGUCCGUGUGUGGAGGACAUCCAGGGCAGCUCCCUCCUACCUGUCAAUGUCGAGAGGAAGAUAACUCUGCUGGGACGCAACAUACACCUUUAUCAGGACAAAGAUCUGGAUUACCAGUGUGUGUUGGUGAUUGAGGGCCGAUCGGUGGUGGUGGAUGCUUUUGUGGAAGUGGACGACGCUCAGCCAUCUCUGUUCUUCAUUACCUGCCAGCUACACCAGUACUCUUACUCGGCUGCCGUGGAGGAAUACAGGAGCAUGAUCUCAGUCAGGAGGAGGGACUCUUUCCAGAUGGAUUACCCAGAAGACCUGCAUGUUCGGCUGUAUAACUGCUCCGUGGGCCGGGCCGACUGCAGUCGCUGUCACACGGCCGAUCAGCAGUACGGGUGUGUGUGGUGUGAAGGGUCUCGCUCCAGCUGCGUCUACAGGAGCUCCUGCACCGAACACGUCCAGCAGACCUGUCCUGCUCCUCACAUACACACGAUUGAGCCUCUUUCUGGUCCAGUGGAGGGCGGCACAGUGCUCACAGUGUCUGGCUCUAAUCUGGGUCAGAGAGCUGAAGACAUCCAGCACUCGGUGACUGUAGCCGGAGUCCCCUGCACGGUCAUCCCCGACAGAUACGAGGUGUCCUCCAGUAUUGUUUGUGAGACCACAGCGAGUGCAGGGGAGCAGAGCGGCCACAUCUCGGUGCAGGUUAAAGGCGGAGGAAUCGGGCAAUCUGCCCAGCGCUUCCGUUACCAGGACCCAGUGUUAUUGGGAGUGUCUCCACUGAAAGGCCCAAUGUCAGGAGGCACAUCACUCACCAUCACGGGACAGAACCUUCUGACGGGCCGUUCCAAUGAGAUCAGCAUCCUGAUUGGUGGAGUCCCAUGUUACAUUUCUCCUGAGCAGUACAACAAUGAAGGUGUUGAGUGUGUGACUGGAGGGAGUAACAGAACCGGAGAGAGCGGCGUUACAGUGCGCUUUGGUAGAGCUGAGCGCCAUCUACAGGAAGUCGUCUAUCAAUACACCCCAGACCCCAACGUAACCCAUGCUGCUCCCUCCAAAAGCUUCAUCAGCGGGGGUCGUAUCAUUCGAGUGUCUGGCCUGCAUCUGGACGUGGUACAGGAGCCUCGUAUCCACGUGACCCUGACGCCUCUGGAGCCGCACUCACAGAAGAGGAAGAGGAGGAGGAGGAGGAGCAGUGUGGAUUACAGUCUCCUCAGAAGAGCUCGGCGGAUCAUCCCAGAACCCAACUGUCCUGAAGAUAGUCUCUGUGUCGUCAAACAGGUGGAGGAGCGGUGCACAGUGAACAGCUCAACUCUGAUCCUGUGUCCCACUCCGGAGGUGGGGCCCGAGGCCCUACGUGCUGCUGUCAGUGUGCAUUUCCUCCUGGAUAACCUCCACUUUGAGUUUGAGGCGGUCAGCGGCAGCCCCUUCAGUUAUGAGCCCAAUCCUGUUCUUCAUAGCCUCAAUCAACACGACCCCAGCAAACCCUUCAGACACAAACCCGGCAGCAUCAUCUCUGUGGAGGGGGAGAAUCUGGACCUGGCCAUGUCUAAGGACGAGGUGGUUGCUCUGAUUGGUGAUGGAGAGUGUGCUGUGAAGACUCUAACCAGAAACCACCUGUACUGUGAGCCUCCGACACAGCAGCCGUCAGUGGCAGCGACCAAGAAACGAGAGGCUGCCGACACGCUCCCAGAGUUCACUGUGAGGAUGGGGAAUCUGAACUUUUCUCUGGGACGGGUGCAGUAUGAUUCUCAGGGCCCGGCUGCGUUCCCUCUGGAGGCCCAGGUGGGAGUCGGGUUGGGAGCCUCCAUCGUGGCUCUUAUUGUGCUGGUUAUCGUACUCAUAUACAGGAGGAAAAGCAAGCAAGCACUAAGAGACUAUAAGAAAGUCCAGAUCCAACUGGAGAAUUUGGAGACGAGUGUCCGAGACCGCUGUAAAAAGGAGUUCACAGAUCUGAUGACUGAGAUGAUGGAUGUGUCCAGUGAUCUCAUGGGCUCUGGGAUUCCAGUCCUGGAUUAUCGUAAAUACUCCGAGAGGAUUUUCUUCCCUGGUCACCGUGAUUCUCCUCUGAGACGGGACCUUGACGUUCCCGCCUGUCGCCGGGCCACAGUGGAGCAAGGCCUGGUUCAGCUCUCUAACCUGCUGAACAGCAAACUGUUCCUCACCAAGUUCAUCCACACUCUGGAAGCCCAGCGGACCUUCUCUCCACGGGACAGGGCGUAUGUGGCCUCCCUCCUCACAGUGGCGCUGCACGGCAAGCUGGAGUAUUUCACAGACAUCCUAAAAACUCUGCUUAGUCACCUGGUGGAGCAGUACACCACUAAAAACCCCAAACUCAUGCUGCGCAGGACCGAGUCUGUGGUGGAGAAGCUGUUGACUAACUGGAUGUCCAUAUGUCUUUACACCUUCCUCAGGGACACAGCAGGUGAGGCGUUCUACAUGCUGUUCAGAGCCAUAAAGCACCAGGUGGAUAAAGGUCCAGUAGAUGCUGUUUCAGGCAAAGCCAAAUACACACUCAACGACAACCGACUGCUGCGGGAAGACGUGGAGUACCGCACACUGACUCUGAAUGUUCUGGUGAGCAGCGGAGGUGCUGGUGAGUCUCAGACGGUCCCCACUAAAGUGCUGGAUUGUGACACCAUCACACAGGUGAAGGAGAAGAUUGUGGAGCAGACAUUGAAGGGCACGUCAUACUCCCAGAGACCCUCCGCAGACUCCGUGCAUCUGGAGUGGAGGGCGGGAAUGGCUGGUCAUCUAAUCUUGUCGGAUCAGGACUUGACAUCAGUGGUUCAGGGGUCCUGGAAACGCCUCAACACUUUACAACACUACAAGGUCCCAGAUGGAGCAACAGUAACACUGGUGUCACGACAAUCCAAGCAAAUCCACCACGACAGCCAUGACUACAUACCCGGAGAGAAGACCCCGAUGUUGGAGGAUGGAGACGAAGGAGGAGUGAAGCAGUGGCACCUGGUGAAGGCCGGUGAGGAGGCGGAGCUACCCAAACACAGACGGGGCAGUCUGAGAGACAAAGAGCGUGAGAGAGCCAAGGCCAUCCCAGAGAUCUACCUCACACGCCUGCUGUCUGUGAAGGGUACACUGCAGAAGUUCGUAGACGAUCUGUUCACUGUGAUUCUGAGCACCAGUCAGCCGGUUCCUCUGGCUGUCAAAUAUUUCUUUGAUCUGUUGGACGACCAGGCUGCACAGCACAACAUUACAGACCCAGAGACAAUCCACAUAUGGAAAACAAACAGCUUGCCACUGAGAUUCUGGAUUAAUAUCUUGAAGAACCCUCAGUUUAUCUUCGAUGUUCAGGCCUCUGACAAUGUAGACGCAGUGCUGUCAGUCAUUGCUCAGACAUUCAUGGACUCCUGCACUAUCGCCGACCACAAACUGGGCAGGGAUUCCCCAAUCAACAAGCUCCUGUAUGCUCGGGACAUCCCACGCUACAAACAAAUGGUGGAGAGAUAUUAUUCAGAUAUAAGACAGACCAUCCCUGUCAGUGACCAAGAGAUGAACUCCUCUCUAGCUGAACUCUCUAGGAACUACUCUAAUGAAGUUAAUCAUCUAGUGGCAUUGCAUGAGUUGUACAAGUAUAUCAACAAAUACUAUGAUCAGAUCAUCACAGCUUUAGAGGAGGACUCCACUGCUCAAAAGAUGCAGCUGGGCUACAGACUGCAACAGAUCGCUGCAGCUGUGGAGAAUAAAGUCACUGACCUUUGACCUGUAACCUCGGACAGACGCUUGAAAAGACUGUAAAAGAGACAAAGCCAGUGACAGAAAGAGACCAGAGACCUUGCCAGAAGGCAUGAACUCUUGCUUCCUGAAGACUCCAGAGCACAGAGGAUAUUUGAGAUAGACGGUUACGAUUAAAGACAGCAUUCACAGAUUCAAAAAGCGUGAAUCUCUCAUAGAUCUGUAGAGCUGCUCUCUGUUUCAUCUGCACAGCCGUCACUCGCUAACACGCUUCAGUGCUGUAAAACUACUGUUGUUGGCGGGGCAUUUCUGAGAGAUGCGCUAGUCCUACAGGGUUUUUUUGUAUUGUGACUUGAGGCCCCAAGCUCAGAAUGUUGUUUUCAGCGUGUCAAGCAUGCUUGAGCACCACCUUUCCUGUAUUUAAAAAAGAAGUCUUACUGUUUGUCGGAUUCUUGGAAAACCGCAUUUGGUGUGAUGUGCUUUAUGUUGCAGCCUGUGUCUUAAUAACAAAGAAUUCAAAAGGAAAAAAAACAAAGGAUGCCUUCUAAGGACAACUAAAUGAAUUUUCUUGCUCAACACUCCCUUUUGUUGAGUGUUCUCUUGUAAACUGUUUUUAUCCAGAUUUUUUUGUUUUAAAUGAAAACACUGUUUUAAGGGAACUCAACCUAACGGGGCCAUUUGAGAUGUCUUCAUGUGUCACAUGCAUGGAUACUCACCGUGAAUUCAGAGAUUUUAGGUUGGCACAUGCAUGUCGCGUGUGCAUUUUAUUGUCGAUUCUGAUUAUGAUUAACACACUUGAUUUAGGUGGAUAUGUUUCAUGUAACGUUCACAAUGCUCAGUUGUACAUUUGUUCAUACUCAUUAAGGUUUGUUUCUUCAGUGUUAAAGUGUGCUUUCCAAUGUUUUUGGUUGGCUUUCAGAAAAAAAUAAUAAUAAUUGUGGCUGUCCCAAAUGUGUGUAUAUCUGCGAUACAUCCCUGCACACUUGGCUGAAAUAGUUAUGCCAGAAGUAUUUAAUUUAUGCUGGGGUUUUUUUUGUGUGUGUGAUCAUGACCAUCCUUUCAAAUGUUUCAAUAACUAUUUUCACAGUUGUUUUCGUUUGUUUGUUUUUUUGCAAAUUUAUUCUCCAGCUGUCACACUCUUAAUUCUUGAUUUGAUUCUGUGAUCGGAUCAUGGCUAACAUAAGUUUUUUUUUUUGUUUUUUUUUUUAUUCUUACAGUUUCUGAACACUGAAUGCACAUUAUAUUGUGAGCUGACGUAUAUUGUCGUACUGUGCAUUGCUCGCAUGAUUUACUUUCUUAUUGAUUUUUAUGUAUUUAUUUAUUUAUUUUGUGUUCGAUUAAUGUACAGACCAAAU